AUGUCCCCCCACAACAAACGUGGGAAGGCCAAGGAGGCUGCGAACAAGCAGCGAAAAGCGAACCAGCAUCAACGCCACAGCACGUCUGAGGGGCAACGCACGCACUACGGCACCCGAGGCGGAGGCGGCGACUCCUACCUGUCCAGCCAUACCUCCGUAAAGCAGAACAAAGUGAAGCACACUUACGAUGAUACGGACCCGCUAGACCAACAGCUCUUCGAUUACAUCAUUGUCGUGGACGUGGAGGCGACGUGUGAGCAGAACGCUCGGAGCUACCCCCACGAGGUCAUCGAGAUUCCUGGUGUCCUUAUCGACGUCCGCACCGGUCAGGUCGAUCGGGCCCGCUCCUUUCACACCUUCGUGAAGCCUUGGCGCAACCCCAGGCUGACUCCCUUCUGCACCCAGCUCACCGGAAUCACACAAGUGGUGGUGGACGCUGCCCCGAGCAUUACCGAGGCCAUUCAGCUCUUCGAGAAAUGGUACCGGGAGACCAUUCCCAGAGGCGCCAAGACCAUCUUUGCCGCCGACGGCCCGUGGGAUUUCAAGAACUUCAUCCACGAGCAUCACAUCCUGCGCGAUCAUGUAAGCUUUCCCAGCAUCUUCUACGAAUACCUCGACAUCCGCACCACCUUUGCCCACCGCCUGAACCACGGCGUGCCGAUCAAACUAGACGCCAUGCUGCGCAAGAUGAACCUGCGCUUCGACGGCAGACCGCACAACGGCUUCGACGACGCAUACAACAUUGCGCGGCUCGCUGUUGCGAUGAUGAAGGCCGGCUGCGUGCUUGACUUCGUAAUAGCUAUUCCGCUCGAUGACGCGUACCACUAUCACCUGGACGGUGUACCGCUUUACCGUCGUGAGGAGGGUAGCGGACACGUCGAUCGCGACGUCGUGGAGGACAUCGCGAAGAAGUGCUACGGUGCCGACUACUUCAAGUUUGGCCAGCGUCACCGUGAUGCCGUCCGCGCUUAUCGCCUCGAGCACCCCAAGGAGUUUAGCCACGCCAACGUGGUGGCGCUUAAGCGGCGCAACGACCGCGCGUUAGCUCGGCGACGGCAGCGGCAGUGGCGCCUCACAGUGCUGUUUCUCUUCGCACUCCUACUGGUCGAAAUAGCGUACGUGCUGCAACUGCACCGCGCUGCCGUAGCGUGGCUGACGUCCGUCUUGGCAAGCCACCGCCUAACCAGUUACAUCGCUUCUGCCUCACAAAGCGCGUAG